UGUGUUCCUCGAUCUCCUAAUCCGUUUUGAUGAUGUAAAAUGUCUGUAAAUGUGACCCCUAAAACCAGCAUGGCGUUGUUAAUUUGAAACUCACCUUUCGUCUUUGUCUUUUUUUUUUUUAUUGUAUCCCCCCCGGCGCGUGCACUGAGAUGGAUCCGUCCCGGCGUAGCGAGAGUGACUGGCAGGCUCUGCUGAACGAGUUCAUGGUUUGUAAGCGUAAGUUGGAGAGUAAGAAGGAAGCCCUCCUGAUUCUCUCUAAAGAGUUGGACACGUGUCAGCAGGAGAGAGAUCAGUUCAGACUGAUGGCCAACCAACUCCGAGAGAAACACCAAGGACUCAAGAAAAAGUACAGGGAACUCAUUGAUGGAGAUCCCUCUCUGCCCCCUGAGAAGAGAAAUCAGGUGAAUUUGGCCCAGCUGCUGAGAGACUCUAGAGAGACAAACAGCCAACUUACAGAAGAGGUGAAGGAGCUGAAACAACGACUGCUGGAAGCUCAGGGGGACAACAAGCUUCUAAGAAUGACCAUCACCAAACAGAGGCUGGGAGACGAGGAGGUCGGUGCCCGACACUUUCCUGCACACGAACGAGAGGAUCUGGUCCAACAGUUAGAGAGAGCUAGAGAGCAAAAUGAAGUCCUGGAGCACAGCAUGAAGUCACUUACAGAUGAGCUGCAGGACGUUCGAGCUGAGCGGGACGUGUUUCAGCAGAAGGCUCAUCGUCUCAACGUGGAAAUGAACCACAUCGUAGGCAACGAUGAUUUAAGGGUUGUAGACAUCGAUGCUCUCUGCAUGGAGAACAGGUAUUUGCAUGAACGCUUCAGUCAACUUCAAGAAGAAAUCAAUUUGCUUAAGAAAAAUCUGACAAAGUACAAGAGCGCCUUGGAGUGUAGAAAAAACUCUAAAAUAGCUGGGAAAGCAAACAGCAGUGCGCUGACCGGAAUCCUAUCUGCUAAACAAGUGAAGGAGUUGUUACUCUCUGAAGAGAAUGGCUGCAGUCUGCCAGUGACUCCUCAGUCCAUCUCAGACCUCAAGUCUCUGGCCACAGCUCUGCUAGAAACCAUCCAUGAGAAGAACAUGGUGAUUCAGCAUCAACGUCAGAUCAACAAGAUUCUUGGAACUCGAGUGGCAGAGCUGGAAACAAAACUAAAAACUUUAGAAAUGUCUGGACUGUGGAGCCUGCCAGGCCUGACUUAUAAUGUGUCUCUGGGAAUUUAUGGAAGAGGAAAAGACUCAAUCAUCCUGAAUCCUCAUCAGGCUGAAUCAACAGAGUCCACUGCACAGAGAGGUGAUGAAGUGACUGAGGAAACAAUUCAAUGGAGCUCCAAAGAAGUCUCACACCAGGAGAGUGGACCUCCAGCUGACGCGGACAGACAUCAAGAAGAGGCAACAUCUGCAUCAAGCGAGGAGGCGUGCCAGCAGCAGCCCCCUUCAACCCAGCCGGCUGAAGAGGAGCUGCUCAGUAAUCAGAUAGAAACGCCAGACAAGGACGUGGGUUGUGAUGCUGGCCAAUCACAAAGCACAGCUGAUGUAACACUAGUGACAAGUGAUGAGUCGAAGGAAGAGGAGCGUCAGAGCGAUUCCACUCUUAAAUUGACAGAUGUGACACUGGGGCUGUCAGACCUCUCAAAGCAAACAGAAGAGGAAACAGAAAGACAUGAGGAUGAGUUGGAUGAACACUCUGAAGAGGUGGAAACUGUUGAAACAGAGUGUAUUCUAAUGGAGGGAAGCAUCAGCAGAAGUGAAUACGCUGCUGCAGGCUAUGCAGAAGAGCUGGAGGACACUGAGCCAAAGCAAGAGACAGAUGUUAGUGAUAGGCAGGAAACCUAAACAAGAAAAAUAGCAAUGUAUGAUGCCGUUUUUAAGAUGCUUAUUUAUAAAUCUGUAAUUUAUGAAUGAAUAUCUGAGGAAAGUGCAACUAUAUAGUCUGUAUAGCGUAACAAAUACAUAAUGUGAUUGCUUUCAGUUAAGGAUAUUCUUACUACUUUAUCCUUCGGUCAGAGUAGUGAGAAUGAUCAAAAAACAUCAAAAUGUGUCAAAUGCUUUAACUUGGUUCUUUUUGAGUCUUAUGUAGUCUCUCCUUCUUUAAACUAGUCCUGAAGUGUGCAGACUUCAAAGCAGAGCAACAUAUGUUACUGCUUAACAUAAAUAUUCUGCUAAAACAACCAUUACUCACCCAGGAGAUUAUUUUUUGUCAAUGUGGUAACAAAAAUCUGCUUCUCUUUGUACACAGAAGAGAAAUUCAGAGCUUGUGCAAUAUGGUCUGGUUCACAAUUUGUGUUCCCGUUAAAUCUGUAAUUUGUUGAUGGGUUUAAGGUCACAACUCUGUGCUUGUUUGUCUACUUCUAAAAGUGGGGAAAACAUUUGUUUAAGGGCCUUUCUUUGUGCCUGUGUCUAGUUUAAACAGGGAUUUGUUGAUACCAAACUGCUGUCACUAAGUUGAAAACUUCACAUUGUGACCAGAAAGUAGCAGAGCUGUGAUUUUAAGUUUGAUUUUACAAUUUUAAGAGAAAAAUGGAAAAAAGAGGAAUUAUGGCUGAUAUAUGGGGGAAAUCAAAAGGGUUUAAAGAGUAUGUGAUCAGAAGAAAAACAUUUGAUGUUGCUUAAGCUUUUUUCCACCAAGGCACUCCUAAAAAAUUUCUGGGAAACUACCCUGAAAUUUUCCUGACAUGCUUGUUCACACUUAUACUUUGCAGCAAGACGUUUCCCUGCAGUUACCUGUCUGCUGUUAGCGUGGGAAAAGGGGAAGAAAUAGGGGCCAGCCAGGGGCAGUUUGAGUAAAUUAGAGGCCCCGGGCAACAACCAAUGUAAGGCCCCAUCCUAUUUAGCUGAAAGCAAAAAUAGCAAGAUUCUUGUAAAAAUCUAAUGGUACUGAAACCUGAUUGAUACGGCCACAAAAACACAAGUUUGGCAAUGUUUUUAUUUGAUUAUUGGAAGCUGCAGAAAAACUCAUACACUGACUAAAUUGUCCAAAAACAUUAGACGAUACUUGAGGAUGUCUUUCUAAAUGAUCAGAUCACCAUUAUUUUGGAAAUCAGUGGUAUCAAAAUGCAGAGAAACAUCAUGCUUUUCAUUUCGUAUUUUAAUCAAACGAGAGAAACCAUCUAAAUUGCAAAAAUAAGUUGCAACAUUUUGAAACAUAGAUGGAACCGGCAACAUUUGUAAAAGUGAGUGGGCAUGGAGGGAACCAUUGGCUUCCAAAUGUUGUUAAUGCACUUGUGCAAUUUAGACAGCGUUCACAAGUUUGCCUGUGUUCACGCAUGCAGCUCACCCAGAAAAAAAAAAACAGGAAGUUUUCAGGCGUUUAGUGCACGUGUGAAUAAGGGUUUAGAUUCUGACUUUUCCUCAUUUGCUUUUCUACCUCUGUACUGUAUGCUUCCUUCUUACUGUAAGAAACAACCUUCUUCAUGUUGAUAACAACAUACCUCAGACAAUAAUUUACCCAAAAGCAGAAAUUUUUAAUUUCUAUACACAUAGCACAUCAAAAACUGUUUUUAAGCCAGUUUGAUACAAGCAGGUUUGCAUCACUACACAGGUUUUUUUCUAAUCAUAAAAAUAAUAAAAGGUUACAAAAUGCUGCAUGCUAAUAAGCUAUGUAUUAAUAACAUAAUUACAUUUUCUCUUGAAGGCAGUUGUUCUCAUUUCAUUGAUGGGUGCUUUAAAACCAAAUAUUUAUUGGUUCACGAGACAUUUCCAGUUGAUUGAGUAAUAUGGACAUUACUGAUGGACAUCAGUCAUAACACAAUAAAACAUUAAUACCAGCACAGAAACUUAUUUUUUGUUUUUGUGGUGAUGAAUUGUAUUAACUGAUGAGAUAAAAGCACCAUAGAGCCGUAAGUACUGAAUGUGACAAAACAAUGUACAGAAAAUGUAUAUUUCUGAUAAAUAAAAACGUUCAAAUAAAUCCUGGUCUGUUGUGUAUGAAAAAACUGUCAAAUCUAACAAAAUUAAUAAUCUCUGAUAUGGUUUGAUAAAAUGAUACUGUGAAUGGAGGGUGUGAAAUUUAAAAAAACUAUGUAAUGAAGGCUCUCUCAGCUAAAUCCUAAAUCCUGUCAACAUGCCUGUGUAGGCAUCGGGCCAAAACCUUGUAUCUCCAAAAUCACCUCAGUUCAGGGAAUUCAUUGUAUUUUUCCAAUAGUUCAUCACUGAAUGGUUAUAGUCAGCAUCUUUUGACACUUUUAUUGCUUUAGAACCAGUUGACCCCACUGACAAAUGAAAAAAAAGAAGAAGAAAAGAAGAAAAAUGGAGAUAUGAGGUUUGGGCCUGGCGCCCGCAGUAUGUUUUUGAUAUGAUGACAACAAUAUACAGCUAAGUUUGACAGGAUGAAGACUUCCCAUAUUUUGUGAUGAAAAAUAGUAAAAUAUUUACAUUUUGAUAGGGAUGCAGAAAUGCAUUGGUUUCGCAUUGGCCCUAUUGACAAACAUUGAGAGCAUGAACCAGUGUCAGGAGCAGAUGUUCAGCUGUUGAGUCCAAUCCAUUUAAUGCCGACAUUUAGCACACCCAACAGCUAAUUCAGAGAUGAGAUUUAUUACUGGGCAGAAGAUGUGACCUGUUCACCAAUCAGAUCUGUUUUCAUGGUCAAAAAUGAGAAAUGUUGGCAUUGUGGGAGUCUUAAACCAACAGAAGUGAUGAAAUAAAAAGUAUUAGCCAUCAGCUAAAUUGUUGGGUUUAUUUAACAUUUAUAUCUGCCCUUAAUUUUACAAUCGGUGCAUUUUCUUUUUUUGAAAUAAAAUAAUGGUUCAAAAAGAAAAAAAAUAUCAGAUUAUUACCAAACCUGGCCCUCUAGUUAAAAAGAAUCUCAGGUCACCCUUAUCAAAAUGUAUUGAUAAAAAAACUAAAUAAUAAUCCACAUCCCAAUGACCUUCGGGUAUUCAUUUAUAACAGAAUAAACAGGAUAAACCUCUAAAGCUGUGGUUCUCAGCUGGUAGAUCGGGACCCAAAAGUGGGUUGCAGAGCUGUUUUCAGUGGAUUGCAACUUUUUACCUGGAAGACAAAUGACAGCCAAAGUUUUUGAAGUACUCAGGCUACUAGCAGAUAUACAGUGCUUAACAAAUUUAUUAGACCACCACCCAAAGUAAGGUUUAUGCCACAGCUGCCCUAAAUUAACAGCAUUGGUAAUUACCAAAAUCAUUCUUUAUGUUUCUGCAAUGGUU